GCUUAUUUGAAAAAAAAAAAAACCCUUACGCUAAUAAGCUUUUCAAACAAAAACAUAAUAAUUAAAAGUUGGUGAAUUCUACCGUAAGGAUAUACAUGUACAGAUGGCUCUUCCACACACACCACCGCAACCAUAUACAUGGCUCUGGCCACCUGCCUCACCUCUAUCCUCCUCCAGGAUGACCACGAUCACCACCUCCGGUACUCCCACCCUGACCACCAUCACCUCUACCUUAGUGGCCCCCGUAACCACCUCCACCACCUCCCUGACCUCCCGUCACCACCGUUGUACCCUCCUCCACCACCACCACUUCCCUGACCCCGUCGUCACCUCCAUCGUCUCCGUCAUCACCACCUUCGUCCUCACCGCUACCCUCAUCCUCUCCGCCUCUGCCUCCACGUCGGCCUCUACCUCACCACCACCUCUAGCUCCUCUACGGCCGCGACCCCUCCCCCCUCGCCGUCCAACCAUUCCCAACCCUUCCCACCAAACCCCAUUUCCGAUUCCCGUCCUCAAAAUUUAAAGUUUUCAUCUUUUCUUCAUUUCAUGUUUCCCAUUUUGUAUUAUCUAGCUUUGCUUUUCUUUCUGCUCUUGUUGGGUUAAAUUUGUCUUUUGGUAUGUGGGUAAUUUUGUUGAAGUGUUGUUCAUGAGUGUGUAUCCCUCAUUUUAAUCUUAGAAAACAAAAUAAUGCAGAAGAAUCAAAAGACGUUUGCUACUAUAGUCUUUAGUAUUCACCCUGUGGUUCAGUUUCUGGAAGGAGAACUUCUCAUAGUGUGUUUGUAUUCCAAUCCAGGUGGACGCUUUGCCUCAAGGGAAAAAAUGAGCCUUCUAAAGAACUGCCGAAGUUUUCUGUCAAACUUUUUCUUCAUUCCAGUGGGCAUGUUGCAGCGAAAUUCCAAUAUGACCAGGUUAUGGAUGUUCCCGCUUUCUUCCUUGUCCGAAGCAGAGAAGGUUCUAGGAGAAAUAUCUAAUUAUAAAGUUCAGUUGGAGGCGGUAAAAGCCAAAAUCAAAUCUGCUAAAUCAAAAGAUGAGUCUGAAUCUCUUAAAUUUACUCAAAAGAAACUGAUUAACAAGGCAGGUUGCAAGUUUCUUAUAUUUGCGCACCAUCAGCCAAUGAUAGAUGCAAUACAUGAGUGCCUUCUUAAGAAAAAAGUGGGUUGCAUCUGGAUUGAUGGAGGUACACCCGCUGCAUCAAGGCAACAAUUGGUUACAGAUUUCCAGGAAAAGGAUUAUAUCAAGGCAGCUGUAGUAUGGUGGUAUUUUUGCUAUCCAUUAAAGCGGGAGGAGUUGGAUUAACUUUAACUUGUGCAAGCACAGUUAUCUUUACAGAACAAUCCUGGACUCCAGGUGACCUAAUUCAGGCCAAAGAUCGUGCAUAUAGAAUUGGUCAGUCUUUCGCCGCUUGGUAUAGCAUUGACUUAACAUUUAUUAUGCAUUGAUGAUCUAAACUUUUACGACUUAGGGAUGUGGUGCAAUUCAAACCGGAUAAUUUGGGGGCAGGUGUUAGAUGGCCAUGAGAACACCUUAGCUGUGUCAAAUAAUCAGCCAUUGAGUAGCCCUGCAAAGCAUACUACUAUUGGGCAUAGGCCUUCAAAGCAGAGAACUCUUGACCAGUUUGUCAGAAGAUGUGAUAACGUGGAUAGGUCGGAAGUGGGAACAUCAGCCUGACCGGAAACGGCCCUCUCGGUCAUGACUUGCGAGAUAUGCAAAAUGGAUUUCCACUUUCACAGAUACAUGGCCACUGGCAAGUGAAUAGGAACUUAAAUGUUGAUGUCUACAUGCAGAAGUUUCCCUGUAGUAUUAACCAGAUGUGCUUACAUGGGGAAUUCACCUGUGAUGACACAAAUGCCGUUUUGAAGCUGAAAUCCAUUGUACAACAAAUAAUAGAUUGAGUAGAACUGGCUACACUAAACUAUGUUGCUUGUAUUGGAGAUAAUGGUUUGGUUAUGUGAAAUAUGUAUUGGAAGAAAAUAUUGAUAAAGUCACCCAUUAGAUUUUAGGUUUCCACUUUUUGUUUUUAACUUUUUGCUCCCCUAUGUUUUGUUUUAGUUUGGGGCUCUGUACAGAGUAUGACAUUAUCAUAUAUGAACGAGACUUGUAAAUUUCUUUACUCCAUAUGCAUGUAUCAUUAUAUUUUGUAGAAAUAA